AUGCAUGAUAUUCAACAAUCACAUCCAACUGAAAUACAUUUCGAAGAUCAAGUAACAUUAAGUGAUGGUCGUUCAAAACCUUAUCUUGUUUUACUUCAAUUAACAUCGGAAUCAUUGAUUAUUCGACGUCAAAAUCCAACUGAAAUAUUGUCAUUGAAUAAUGAAGAUGUUAUAGUACCAAGAAAUGUUACCAUUGAAAGACAUCCACAAACAUGUUCAUUUGGUUUUUCGAUUAAAGGUGGUUGUGAUACUGGUUUUCCUGUUCUUAUUUCACGUGUUAGUGAUGUUAAUGCUUUAUUAUUGAAUAUUGGUGAUGCAAUAUUAAAUAUCAAUAAUGAAGAUAUAUCUGAUUUAACUCAUGAUCAAGUUAUUACGAAAUUACGGAAUAUAUCUGAUAAUCAAGUUAAUUUAACUGUUAAAUAUAUGAAUAACAUGGCUACGUAUUUAUUUUUAACAUCAUCAACAUCUACAGCAUCAGUACAAAAUUGUUUAAAAUUACGACAAUUAUCUUCAACUAAAAUUAGACGAAAUCAAAAAUAUAGAUCAAAAGAACAUUCGUCUGAAUACCAUGAUCAUACUAAACAACAAUGUUUGCAAUUGACAGUAUCCCAUCAACAAAAAAAUAAUAAUAAUUCAACAAUUGAUGACACUAAUAUUCAAGAAUAUUCUCUUCUUUAUGCAUAUAUUAGUCAAUAUUUAAAUGGUACAGAUGAAUGGCGUAUAAAUGCCUUUCAAUUACAUACAUUUGAUGGUUCUCAGACAGGUAUUAUUAUAACAAACACAUCUAUUCAACAAAAUAUAUGGAUAUCACGUAUAAAUACGAUUAUACGAAAUUUAACAACACAUACAUUAGCUAAAUUAAAUCAAACAUUAUUAUCAAGUGAACAAGUUUUUUAUGCUACUUGGAUUUAUGAACAAGUUAUUUAUCCUAAUGAAAGUUAUUUACCAGGAUGGAAAGCUAUAUUUAUGGUUUUUAAAGGCAGUGAUCUUUAUAUAUUUGAUAAUAAUCAAUCUCCACCAUUAUGUGCUUAUGAUUUUAUACGUUGUUCACGUGUAUAUCCAAUUGUUGAAGUAUUUAUUGAAACUGUUGCAUUCAAAUGGUCUACAGAUGAUCGUCGAUAUUGUUUUACAUUAAUAUUACCUCAUGAUUUAACAAAUGAAUAUCGUUAUUUAAGUUUAGAAAGAAAAAUCGAAUAUGAUGAUUUCAUAUUAAAUUAUCAACGAUCACUUUAUAUAUCGACUUAUUCAAUUCAAAAUCGUACAUUUGGUUGUAUUUAUCAAGGUGAAAUAUGUCGUUUAAUAAUUGAUAUAAACAAAGGUUUUGAAAUGUAUAAUAAUAAAACAAAUAUUAUUUUAUGGGCAUUUACAUUUGAACAACUUUUAUCAAGUUCUGAUAAUGGACAUAAUAAAAUAUUUUUUCAAUUUAAACGUAAUUUAACUUUAAACGAAAAAGAAACAAUUAUACAUAUUGAAGUUCAAUGUCAACAUUUAAGAAUACUUAUUCAUGUAGUUAAUGCUUUUUUAACUGUUAAAUUUAUUGGUCAACAGGAUCAUAUGAUUGAUUAA